GAAAACGCCAGAGACGGACUGACUCACUUCAAUUAUGAAAAUCUGUUUUGAAUAUCGAUAUGACUGUAUACAGUAAUUUUAUAUAUAGCAGCAUACUAGUAAUGACAAUUUUGAUCCAAUUCUUCAUCCUUCAGGUUAGAAUUUCUAAUCAAAUCGAGUGACGGCACUUAUACGAUUUUAUUAGCAAUUUUACAGGCAAUAUGCUAUCAAAGCCUAUAGCUAAUAAUUUGAAUUUAAAAUGUUCUAAAAAUCUAUCAAAAUCCUGUUUUAAAUCGCACCACAGCAGAGACAAGUCACCUGGGGAUUACAGCAGGCAAAGCUUAGGCCACAAAGUUUGUUGAGUUGACAGAAUACUUAGUAAAUUGCCAGUUCUCGUGACUGAGGUAGUUUUCUAUGUAGGUCUAUGUACGAGGCGUUUGGCGCGACAGAGCAUCAUAUAGGGCUGGUUCCGCGCUUUAUCCCUGGUGUUUACCGGGCAAUAAUUGCUGUUUUGCGCACCUGUGGGUGUGAGUAGACUGGCGCCGUCUGUGAUUAGUCAGUGGAAUGCAGACUGCUUCCGUAAGAUACACUGACAACAUUUCAACGAUAGAUGGCAUUCCAGUUAAACCGUGCUUCUCAACAAAUGGGCAAAUAUAUCCCUUUAAUCAAGACUGUAAGCUUCAUUCGAUACUUUUAGACCAUUAGCAUGUCUAAAUGUAGGCCAUUGAUCGAGUAGGCCUAAUUUACAUGCACACUUACCAGGUUAACAGUUAAGACAUCUUAACAAGGUUGCCUAUAAACAAACAAACAAACAAAAACUUAAAAUCAUAAAUUAGCGGCGCAAACAAUGCAAAAACGUGAUUCUUUAUGUCUUUAACACUUUAGAGGAAGCAAAACCACCUGUGCAUUGAAGGGUUUGUUUACAUCUGAAAAAAAAUAAUAGUCCUGUCUUCUUUCAUUUCUUAUUUCCUGUCUCUCUGGAAAUUGUUUUAGGCUUUUUGGAUUUAUUUAUCCGAUAAAUCGUUACUUUUUUCCAAUUCUUUGUAAAGAAAAGACCUUUAAGACCAGGUCUCCAAGAUACUUUGUUAUUUCGACUUGUCAAAAGUCUUCCUUCAGCUGGCAGUACUGCCUGCUAAGCGAUUGGUUCGCUUUGCCACAUGACGCCCAGUAUAUGGCCCGCCCGUCAGCAUCUCCAAGGCAGAGACCGCCGCGGAGCUCAAACCCUCUAUCAACUAUGGAUAUGUGACUUGAGGCAAAACGAACUACUACUUUUGUGAUUUUUGAGUCACCGAUUAAUUGUUAGAGGUAGCCUGCAGAAUUUGAACAUUUCAAGUGGUCACGGUAAGUAAGUUAAUUCAGUUUACUUUUCCCUGCAAAAUGACCGCUGUUCUGGAUAGCCUUGGCUCGGAUAUGCAUACAAACCAUAUUACCUCGAGCAGCUUCAGUACCGUUCACAAGUCGCAGGAUUCCCCAACACUGCCGGUGUCAACUGUGACCGACAGCAGCUUCUACAGUAGUUCACAGACAGGACACUGCACAGGGACGGCGUACGCACAACUGGCAUCUUAUUCCUAUCAUCCUGGAACAGUGGGUAAUGUUCACUACAGCCCAAAAUCUUACGAUUUAGGCUAUGCUUCUUCGUAUGGCGCUUAUGGAACGUAUGGAGCCAGUUCUUCACCCACACCAACCGAACCGGAGAAGGAAGAGAGUGAACCGGAGGUGCGCAUGGUGAAUGGAAAGCCAAAGAAAGUCCGGAAACCGCGAACCAUCUACUCCAGUUUUCAGCUGGCGGCUCUCCAGCGCAGAUUCCAGAAGACCCAGUAUCUCGCGCUCCCAGAACGCGCCGAACUGGCUGCGUCUUUGGGCCUCACACAGACCCAGGUGAAGAUAUGGUUUCAGAACCGACGCUCAAAAUUCAAAAAGUUGUGGAAAAACGGCGAGAUUCCAGCAGACCAGCAGGUUGCUUCCUGUGACUCUCCAUCUAGCACUCCUCCACCACAGGCAGGUUGGGAUUUCCCUCCGAACCAGACACCGAACGACGGGGACACAGUUUCAGAGCAGCCCACAGGACCACCAAACACCACUGCCCCAUCGUUCUUGACAAACUAUUCAUGGUACUCCUCCACGAAUACGGUUACACAUCUACAGCCUAGUACCUUAAUACAACCUCAUCACAGCUCUGCAAUGAGUGCAGGGACCAUAUUCUAACAGAGGACUAAAAUGGCCGAAUACACCUGUUGUAGGAGGAAAUAAUAGGCCUAUCUUGUCACUGGACUUGUACUUUAGGAGAACAUUAACUUUAAAAUCUAUUUUCAGGCUGGGUUUGCUAAAGAUGUUUGCUGUGGAAUUCUUUGGCGCGACUAAUGCGCUCGAGCAACGCACAUUAAAUUAUUUUUCUAUUUAUUUAUUUGUUUUUCAUUAUAGUAAAAUUGAAAGGGGUCAUCAGAUAUGUUUAUUUCACAUUCCAAGUACAAACGGGUAGCCUUUUUUCGUGUGUUGUACAGAAUAUUAGGUUUAGUGAUAAAUCUAUUAAAAUGCUUAUACAACCUGCAGUCAAUUAAAUGUGCGUUUUACUAUCAAUUAACGUUUCGUUCUUUGAUUAUAGAUGUGUUUCAUCAUCCCAAGGUUUUGGUCUUUAAAAAUGAAACUUAUCACUGGGAUGUAACGUGAUAUUUCCACGUCCUUUGAAGAACCUGACAUCUUCUAAAACGCCUACAUCGUGUGAAUGAAACUGUCCGAGUGUGGUGGUUUUGGACGCUCUCUGCGUAAAUGCAUUAAGUUAAUUUUAAGGUUAGGUCUGAAAAGGUUUGCAGAGAACGUUAUUCUCUGCAGACCAUGACUUUUAUCUCCGUUUCAGUGCAUAGCUUAGCGUUUUUAAUGCAUGUGUGAUUAUUCGGUACAACGAAUCGAAUCCUAUUUAAACCUUUGUAAAUUUUCUUGGUGAGGAGAGGAGGUAUCCUCUACCUCUGGGCAUGAGGGGGAACGCCUGGCAUUCAGACGCGUCUUGGCAUGCGCAGAAGGAGAUGCGAGGGCGUUCCGCGUGCGGCGAGGGCUCUUCCCACUCCAGACUCUCUGGAGUCAGCUCGCUCCUCUUCCAGACGUUUUAUGAACGCCACUCAACCAGAGAAAAAAUACAUAAAACCGCCUCAAGCAGACCGCCCUGGAAACAUUCUCCUCGAGCCCUCGCUUCCAGCUCCAGCACAGCCUUGAGCUAUUCUUAUACGGGGACACACAGUUCUCAUAGCUUGCCUCACGUCUUUACAUGGUCAAAUCCAAUGUUUUUGGAACUAAAAUAGUUACUGGAAUAGGUGGGAAAUCCGGAUUACUCUAAGGGCAAAGCGCAUAACCACUUGCCCAAGUGUACAUUAUUUACAAAUUGGUAUGUGGCUUUGCCCAUGUUUGCAUAUUCUGCAGUAGCCUCUCUGUAAUCUAGUCCCUGUAACCUUUUUGUCAUUGUGAAAUUGGGAUUAAACGUUUCUGUAAUUAUAAUUAUGGCAAAUACUUAUUACAAACAGUAGAUUGCAUAUUCGCUUUAUUGGACGAUUUGGCCCUCGAGUGGAAUAUUUGUGUAUAAGUUUCAUGAACCUAUUAUUAAUUUCUAAAACUCAAAAUCAUUUGUAUUAUCUAAAAACUGUCAAUUGUAUUUUAAAAGUAAAAUAUGAUGAAAAGAAUAACAGGAAGAAAUCAAUCAGCUUGACCGAACAAACAAACACAAUCAUCAGUUUUCCCUCGGCUUACUCACGAACGUUGCUAUUUAUAAGGAAUAACGUUUCAGGGGCUGUUGUAACUAGGCCUAAUUGUUUAUCUUAUAUGAUUUGUUUCUUCUGAGGUUCAUUUGUGCUUCCGCGGUUUUUCUAAAUAUGGACAUCGUGGUUACAGGCUCCAAAUCCUUUGAUUCUUAUUGAAAAGACAUCUAUUUUUAUUCUGAUUUUGGGUGUCUCAUUCUCAAACCCACCAGGUCUCUGUGCAAAUGCCACUAUAGUAUGAUUGUAGCACAUUUUAACCGUUCUGCUUCACUCCUUAUGUCAACAUUCACAGCUGGCAGUAAUUGAAAUGCCAGGGCUUAUUUGCAACCACACCAGUAAAUGACUGCUUCCGUUUGGACUCAAAGCUACAUCUGCAUAAAGCAGAGGGUCUCUGUAAUAUUUCUAAAAUAGAAAAGAAACGAAACAUUUUCAUUUGAAUAACUUUUGUUAAAGCUGUUGUAGCCUAUAUUGCAGAAAAAGUUUCCGCGCUGGAUGGGCUUUCAUUAAGGCAAAAGUUAGUGUGCAAACAUUUUGCGCGAUUUCCUUUUCUUUGCUAACCUUUAAGAUUUAUUAGAUAUCAAAGAAACGCAGAUUCUGAUUGCUGCAUGUAGCCCAGCCUAUAAAUCAGCAUUAAGCAUUCACGUAUAGGCUACAGAUGAAACGGGGGGGAAAAAGAUUAACACUAUUUACCAAAAUUUCAACUUCAAAUACUAAGAAAAGACAAUGAAAUGCGGUGAAUAAAACAGACAACGCUGAAACGAAAAGUGAGCGAAAAUGCGAAUUGUAGCUAUAACUUUAAGGUCAAUAUAAUGAUCACAGGAACAUCCUUCAUGACAGAAUAAAGCACCUGCAAACGGUUCAGCACUACAUGCUGCAUAUCUACAUCAGAAAAAUGCCUAUUGAUUCCCUGCCCAUUCCCUUUUUCUUUUGUCCGACUGAAAAGAUUCCCUCAGCGCCAGAAAUUGCUCGUAAUUACGACAGACCGAGGAAAAUGCGCGAGGAUGCACAAAAACCAAAUGGCUGCAAUUAUGAUUCGAUUUAAUGAGAACAGAUUAGAAAGGCAGGCGCCAUGUGCGGUCAGAGAGUGUGAUCAAAUAACAAAUUAGUAGACCUACUACAGAUUAUGAUGAUUAAUAAUAGGCUAACAAUAAUAAUAGAUGUAGCCUACUUUAGUACAUCUUCAUAAUCUGACUUAGUUUUUUCUAUAGUGUAUUAGUAUUUUACUAAUGUGUUUUUAUAUGAUUAAAGUCUUUCGCUACCUGAAAUACCAUAUCCGCGCUGUCGUAAUGUAGGCUUAUUAAAAAUAAAGACAUUAAGUAAACGAUGGCUAUAAUCAUUCAUGCCCGUUUAAUGUAGGCUAGUCCUAAUAUAGCCUAUUGAAAAGACAUAAUAGUUUUAUACGUUUUCUUUUAAUAUCCAUUCUUAAGGACACAAAAACUCAUUUGAGCAUGUAAACUAACUUUAGGUGAUUUACGUAGGCUAUAACUGCUCGUUUUUUAACCCUUACGGACUGUUUCAAGCAAAAGCAGGAAACUUCCCAGAUGGCACAGCAAACCAACCUACGGAUUAACUAGUAAGGGUCACAAUGUAAUUAACUUUAAUUGUACAGCCACUGACUAAACAGAUGUAGCUGCAGCAU